CGAGAAUGAUGGCGGCGGGAUUUUGUGUGAGAUAGGAGGCAAAGAGCUUGCAAUUAACUGUUUUGCGGGACGGGUUACUUCUUUUUUUUUUUAUGAUAUUGGUGGAGAGAGGACAUUUGCUGCAAAAUGGGGCGGCGAUCCACUUCAUCCACCAAGAGUGGGAAAUUCAUGAAUCCCACAGAUCAAGCCCGGAAGGAAGCAAGGAAGAGGGAGCUGAAAAAAAACAAGAAGCAAAGGAUGAUGGUUCGAGCAGCUGUUUUAAAAAUGAAAGACCCAAAGCAGAUAAUCCGGGAUAUGGAGAAACUUGAUGAGAUGGAGUUUAAUCCUGUUCAGCAGCCCCAGCUUAAUGAAAAAGUCCUGAAAGAUAAACGUAAAAAACUCAGAGAGACAUUUGAACGAAUUCUCCGUUUGUAUGAGAAGGAAAACCCUGAAACGUACAAGGAGCUGCGCAAAAUUGAACUUGAUUAUGAGCACAAACGAUCUCAACUCAGCCAGUAUUUUGAUGCUGUCAAGAAUGCUCAGCACGUGGAGGUGGAAAGUAUUCCAUUGCCAGAUCUGCCACAUGCUCCCUCCAAUAUUCUUAUUCAGGACAUCCCACUACCAGGAGCUCAGCCACCCUCUAUCCUUAAGAAGACCUCUGCCUAUGGUCCUCCAGGUAGAGGAGUAUCCAUGCCUUUUCCCCCGGGGCAUGGCGUUCCACGUUUGCCCCCUGGAAAAAAACCACCAGGGCCACCUCCUGGGCCACCUCCCCCACAAGUUCUACAAAUGUAUGGCCGCAAGGUUGGCUUUGCACUGGAAAACAUUAGAAGGAGGGAAGAGGAGGCAAGGUACAGCCCGGAAUUAGGGCAAAGAGGCCAUCACGAUGGAUCUAGCUCAAGUGAAGAUGAGGGUUAUCCACUUGAGAUGGAGCAGGAUAAAGAUGAAGAAGGCAGUACUGAUGAUGAGAGUGAUAGUAACCAAUCAGAUGGUAGAGACAGUGAGGAAGAGGAAUAUGCUCAGGAGGAAGAAAGAAAGGGUAGUGUGGAUAAGAAAGGUCAUAAUGUGAGGUUUGCUGAUGCCCCAGAAAAGUCUCACAGAAAGAGAAAGAAGAAUGUCAAGGAUCUGACUCCGCUGCAGGCAAUGAUGUUGCGUAUGGCUGGCCAGGAGUUAGCCGAGGAAGAAGAAGACCAUGAUGCUGAGGAAUACUCAACCUCGUCAUCCGAAGAGGAGGAGUCAGACACAGAAGAUACUCAGCGUUCUGAAGAUGUUAAGGCUGAAAGCACUGGAAAUAGCACUUCAGCACCAAUGACUGUACCCCCUCCUGUUACUGUGCCACCACCUCCACUGUCUAUGCCACCUAGUAUGAUGGCUGGGCCUCCGCCACUAGGACCUCCUCCAGUCCCACCCCUCAGGCCACCUGGGCCACCAUCAGGAAUGCCCCCAGGUCCACCUCCAGGUGCUCCUCCGUUCUUAAGGCCUCCUGGACUUCGUGGCCCACCACCACGUCUGCUACCUCCUGGGCCACCCCCUGGCCGACCACCUGGCCCUCCACCAGGUCCUCCACCAGGUUUGCCCCCAGGACCACCCCCUCGAGGACCUCCUCCUCGUCUACCUCCACCAGCACCUCCAGGUAUGCCUCCACCCCCCCGUCCAAUGAUGCGUCCUCCAUUGGGACCCCCUCCAGGCACUGCUCCCCCAGGGCUUUUCCCACCAGCACCUCUUGCAAACCCGGGUGUGCUGAGUGCCCCUCCAAGCUUAAUACAGCGCCCCAAAUCAGACGAAAGUGGGGCCACUAUUGAAAAGAAGGCUACAGCCACCAUCAGUGCAAAACCCCAGAUCACAAAUCCCAAAGCCGAGGUUACCCGCUUUGUGCCCACUGCCCUCCGUGUUCGCAGAGAGAAUAAGGGCUCAGUGGCAGCUGCAGCACCGAAGAAACCAGAAGAGGAUAUUGCAAGACCAGUGUCUAAAGCAGGUCCUAAGCCUGGAGCACAAAUGCCAGUGCAGACCAAGGACGAUAUGUAUGAAGCGUUUAUGAAAGAAAUGGAAGGUCUUCUUUAAGCUUAUUCUUCAGCAGUCCAUCCCAUUUUGUUUUUAUGUCCGAAUUCCACUGUAUAGACCAAUCGGCUAACCGUCUAUGCCUAGGUCCCAGGAGCACAAAUUAGUGUGCAGUAACUGUCUUGCUGUGGUUUGUGUGAACGCAGGUAGACUCCACAAUACCAACAUGUCCCUAUAAAUCUGAUAUCUUUUAUCCGUGACUGGCAUUUUAGAAGCUGAGUAUUUCAUUCUUGAGUAAUGUUCCAGUUUGUACAAUUUAAAGCCAAAUGCCUUUGUGUUGGGGGGAGGGUUAUUUUUGAUUUGUCUUAAUGUGAACACUGUUACUUUCUGUUAAUUUCAUUUACAGCAGUACAAACCCAUGCAUUUGAAUACUUUGUGCAAUUCCUAUUAAAGAUCACAGACAGAUAUGAUAUUCCUGACAUUACCAAUCCCAUCAACUUUUUGUUUAAGUGUCUUGCUUGUCAUUUCUUUAUGCUUUUUGUUUUUAAGAAUAAUAUUUUGUUAGGACAUUUUCAAAGCCCAAAACAUUUGAAAAUAAUUUUUUAAAAAAAUUCUUGUUUUGGGAAAUUGCUUGCCUGCGUCACAGCAGGUCUGGCUCAUUGGACAGCAAAUCAGAGUUCAUUUAGUGCUAUCAUCAUUACAGGAGCAAGAGAGGUGUGAGUGGGAGGGGUAGCAGGGCAAAUGACUUCUCUGCUUUACCCAAAAAGAAAGCCCUCUUUCUUAAAGCAAUACUUGCGCUCCAGCAUUCAUGUACUAACUAGAGCAUGUCUGUUGUGUAAAGCACAAUGUCUGGCUUUGCCUGCUGCAUUUUUUUUUUAUAAGUGUGAGCUCAUUGUUUGUACAUAUUUAGAUCAUGUAAGGGGCAAGCUCAUCACUAGGAUUUGGAUUUAUUUCCUGUUGUAUGUCACAUGAAUACUGUCAAGUUAUAUCAGGCAGUUAUUAAAUUGAAGGAAAAAUCAA